GGCCAGAGCGACAGCCCUUCUUGUGCUCAUCCACCCUCCAAGAAUGCCCGUCCUCCCUCCCUCCCCCGAGGCCUGUCCACAGGAGCUUGAGAUCAGCCAGAAAAGUCAGGCAACUUUUCAGGGACCGGGAGCGAGGUCUCCCGGCCGGGGCCUGGGUCCAGUCUCUGCGGGCAGUGCAGUGCUGAGCCCCACCCCUCAAGCCGUGCCCUGUCCAUAGCUCCAGACUUUGACCCUGCGCUCCAGUCCGGGCUGGUGGACAGAGGGCUGGAGGCAAGACGCCCCAGAAUCAGGAGCUUCCCCUCAGGAAAUAGCAUCCUGUGUCCCCGCACGGCAGUUAUCUGGUCUCUCCAGCAGUUUGGUACUUCCGGCUGGUACCAUGCGUGUGGUGGUGAUCGGAGCGGGAGUCAUCGGGCUGUCCACCGCCCUCUGCAUCCAUGAGCGCUACCACUCAGUGCUGCAGCCACUGGACAUAAAGGUCUACGCGGACCGCUUCACCCCACUCACCACCACUGACGUAGCUGCCGGCUUCUGGCAGCCCUACCUUUCUGACCCCAGCAACCCAAAGGAGGCGGACUGGAGCCAACAGACUUUUGACUAUCUCCUGAGCCACAUCCAUUCUCCCAAUGCUGAAAAACUGGGCCUGUUCCUAAUCUCAGGCUACAACCUCUUCCAUGAAGCCAUUCCGGACCCUUCCUGGAAGGACACAGUUCUGGGAUUUCGGAAGCUGACCCCCAGAGAGCUGGAUAUAUUCCCAGAUUACAGCUAUGGCUGGUUCCAUACAAGCCUAAUUCUGGAGGGAAAGAACUAUCUACAGUGGCUGACUGAAAGGUUAACUGAGAGGGGAGUGAAGUUCUUCCAGCGGAAGGUGGAGUCUUUUGAGGAGGUGGCAAGAGAAGGCGCAGAUGUGAUUGUCAACUGCACUGGGGUAUGGGCUGGGGUGCUGCAACCAGACCCCCUGCUGCAGCCAGGCCGGGGGCAGAUCAUUAAGGUGGAUGCCCCUUGGAUAAAGCAUUUCAUUCUCACCCAUGAGCCAGAGAGCGGCAUCUACAAUUCCCCGUACAUCAUCCCAGGGACCCAGACAGUUACUCUUGGAGGCAUCUUCCAGCUGGGAAACUGGAAUGAGCUAAAUAAUAUCCAGGACCACAACACCAUUUGGGAAGGCUGCUGCAGACUGGAGCCCACUCUGAAGAAUGCAAGAAUUGUUGAUGAACGAACUGGCUUCCGGCCAGUACGCCCCAAGAUUCGGCUAGAAAGAGAACAGCUUCGCGUUGGACCUUCAAACACAGAGGUCAUCCACAACUAUGGCCAUGGAGGCUAUGGGCUCACCAUCCACUGGGGAUGUGCUCUGGAGGCAGCCAAGCUCUUUGGGAGAAUCCUGGAAGAAAAGAAGUUGUCCAAAAUGCCACCAUCCCACCUCUGAAGACUCCAGUGACUGCUGCUUCCCCCACAAGAACUCCCUUCUCCCCUCAGCCAACAAAUCAAUGUGCUCCUUCAUAAGCCAUUGCUUAUCCCUCACUUCUUUCCUCCAAGAAGCAUGAGGUGAGAGAAAGCCAUAAAGUCAGUGCCUGGAGAAGGGUUCAGCCCAACAUGGGGCCCCUCUCAUCACCGAAAUCCCUCUACCUUCUCUGGAUCUGGCAUUAUAAAGAACAGCUGGGGGCUGUUAUUCCAUGAGUCUUCAGAAGAAAGGACAGCUCAGAAAAUCAAAGAGGCCAACUGCCCAGAGCCACAGAAAAUUGAGGAUAAUUGAGACUAAGUAACAUGAUUACAAGUUGUACUAACAUAUUAAAGGUUCUGAAAAGUCCUGCAGCAAAGGCAACUAUCUGAUGUUGUUUAACCCAGUGCUUGCUAAACCUAUCUGGCUGUGGAACACUUUUGCCCAGAGCACCCAUGAAUGCCAUGAAACAAAUUUGAGAAAACGCUA